AUGAAGACUUUUGGUUAUUUGGCUAUGGGUGGGUUUCUCUCUGCGAACAAGUCAAACUCCGGCGCUCGUUCGAGGAUUGACAAACUUGGAUGCAGGAGUUUGAUAUGGAAGCCUCCGCCACAUUACGAUCAACGCAUUCCGGGCUACAUUCGAGGCUAUGUUCGUCGGUUCUGGCAGGCAAGCGAGGACCAUCGUGGAACUCCUGAAGCUCCCGGAAGAGUUGUCACGUUGAUUCAAAGGUCUUUCUGGGAAACGCUCGAUGAUCCUCAACGUGAUACUGAGGGAGACCGCGUCUGGGGUGUUGCUUACCAUAUUGUGCCAUCCAAAGUCAAAGAGGUGAAAGAGUACCUCGAUCUCCGCGAAAUAAACGGAUACAGUAUUCAAUACACCCCUUUCCACCCGGCGGAUCCUUCACUUCCCGACCUACAAUGUCUUGUGUACAUCGGAAUGCCGGACAACCCACAAUUUCUUGGGGCGCUUCCACCUCAGGAGAUCGCCGAGACCAUCAAUGCGAGUAUUGGUCCGAGUGGGGAGAACAGGGAUUACCUUCUGCAUCUUGAACAGGCCUUGAAUGAGCUGAGUUCGGACAGUGGCGACGAACAUGUUACUGAUCUGGCUCGCCGUGUUCGCGCACUGCCUCCGCCGGUUCGAGCUUCGUCCAUGCCUACCCCUGAGCACGCUUUGAAAAUUGUGAACAGCACCGAAGAGCAGGAAGAGGUUGAAAAAGAACAAUGA